AAUACAGGGCUGGGACACAUAACAUAAGGUCAUUGCACAGUUCCUUCACUAUCAUAGAGCAUACAUCAGGUACGUGAACCAGCCAGAAGAAGCUGAGAAGGACUCCUCUAUUUUUCUUCAUCUCUGACUUCAUCAUGAGACGUUUAUACCAUCUUUUGGUGUUCAUGUCAGUCCUGUCACUCUCCAGGACACAAAUAGCAGUAACAGAGUUUUUCACAACUGUCGUAGGAACGACUACAGAAGCAACAACGGUCUUACCAGGAUCAUUCUACUCAUUUGGAUCAGCAGCAGGAGACCUAUUCAAUCCUGCUGUUGAUGAUGGAAGCUCCUCUGUUAUUCCACUGUUGAGUCCAUUUCAGUACUUUGGUCUCACAUACCAGCAGAUUUAUGUUAAUAAUAAUGGAUUCCUCACAUUCAACCAGCCUUCUUCACAGAACGCUCCCGACUCAUUUCCAGCUAAUGGAAGUCAAGAUAUAAUUGCUGGACUCUGGACCAACAUUGACAACAGUGCAACAGGAGUCGUCUCUUAUAAUCAGUACACCAGUGGAAGUGUUCUCACUCGCGCCACUCAGGAUAUAAACCAUUUUUUCUCAAAUCUGACCUUCACUGCUUCUUGGGCCUUUGUUGCGACGUGGGAUAAAGUCGCUUAUUUUAACAUGAACACAGAAACCUCGUUUCAAGUGGUUUUAAUUUCAGGCAGUGGGUAUUCUUUUAUUCUGAUGAAUUAUGGUGAUGUUGCUGCAACAGGAUAUCCUGUACAGGCUGGUUUUGAUACAGCCUAUUCCACAGACUACUUUGUGAUUUCUGGAUCAAACAGCGGGAGCUCCAUCUCAGACCUCAAGACCUCCAGUAAUGUCAAUGAUCCAGGCAGAUGGGUCUUCAGGGUGGACACUGGAUCAAACACAAAUAAAAACAACAUUGUUGGACUUCAAGGGAAGCUUGCCUCAUUCUUGGACCUUACAGAUUCAGGAAGCAUGCAGAUUGUUUUGCAGCAGAUCCAACAGGAACUGGUGAAAAAAGGACUGCCAAGCGACAUAAAGCUGAACAUAAAAAAAGUAGAAAAGAUGCUGCCGUAAUAUAAGUCUCUUUCAGCUUUAUAAGUCUCUUCUGGCCGUAAUACAAGUCUCUUUCAGCUGUAAUAUAAGUCUCUUUCGGCCGUAAUACAAGUCUCUUUCAGCUGUAAUAUAAGUCUCUUUCAGCCAUAAUAAGUCUCUUUCAGCUGUAAUAUAAGUCUCUUUCAGCUGUAAUAUAAGUCUCUUUCGGCCGUAAUACAAGUCUCUUUCGGCUGUAAUACAAGUCUCCUUCAGCUGUAAUAUAAGUCUCUUUCGGCCGUUAUACAAGUCUCCUUCAGCUGUAAUAUAAGUCUCUUUCGGCCGUAAUACAAGUCUCCUUCAGCUGUAAUAUAAGUCUCUUUCAGCCGUAAUACAAGUCUCUUUCGGCCGUAAUACAAGUCUCUUUCAGCCAUAAUAUAAGUCUCUUUCGGCCGUAAUAUAAGUCUCUUUCGGCCGUAAUACAAGUCUCUUUCAGCUGUAAUAUAAGUCUCUUUCGGCCAUAAUAUAAGUCUCUUUCAGCUGUAAUAUAAGUCUCUUUCAGCCAUAAUAUAAGUCUCUUUCGGCCGUAAUACAAGUCUCCUUCAGCUGUUAUAUAAGUCUCUUUCAGCCGUAAUACAAGUCUCUUUCGGCCGUAAUACAAGUCUCUUUCAGCCAUAAUAUAAGUCUCUUUCGGCCGUAAUAUAAGUCUCUUUCGGCCGUAAUACAAGUCUCUUUCAGCUGUGAUAUAAGUCUCUUUCGGCCAUAAUAUAAGUCUCUUUCGGCCGUAAUAUAAGUCUCUUUCAGCUGUAAUAUAAGUCUCUUUCAGCCAUAAUAUAAGUCUCUUUCGGCCGUAAUAUAAGUCUCUUUCGGCCGUAAUAUAAGUCUCUUUCGGCCGUAAUAUAAGUCUCUUUCGGCUGUAAUACAAGUCUCUUUCAGCUGUAAUAUAAGUCUCUUUCGGCUGUAAUACAAGUCUCUUUCAGCUGUAAUAUAAGUCUCUUUCGGCCGUAAUACAAGUCUCUUUCAGCUGUAAUAUAAGUCUCUUUCAGCUGUAACAUGUCUCUUUCGGCCGUAAUACAAGUCUCUUUCAGCUGUAAUAUAAGUCUCUUUCAGCCGUAAUACAAGUCUCUUUCAGCUGUAAUAUGUCUCUUUCAGCUGUAAUAUAAGUCUCUUUCAGCCGUAAUAUAAGUCUCUUUCAGGAAUAUGAACACAGUUGUACAUCAGAAAUCUAAUUGAUAUUAUGAAUCAAGUCUGUUAAUGUUAUUCAACCUUCAAAUGGGAGAUAAAUAACCAUAAUAGUGACCUUACAGUAGCUUUGUGUGAUCAACUGAAUGAAAUAAAUUAAAGUAAGAUUGACUAAUAUCCACCAUGGGUUUCUCAGUACACUCAUUAGAGUUCAUUGUUGUUUUUAGUUAUAAUUAGGCCCGCACGGAAUCUGCGAGCGCAGAAUUCCGCAGAUUUUUAGCCCAUCAUUAAUUUACUUGAGUAAAUGUGUGUAAAUCUAUAUUUAUUCAGUUUUUAAAUGAAUUACAGUAAUAUUAUUGACUAAUAUGAAAAUGUUCAUCUGAUUUAUGUACAAUGCAGUUUGUAAAGGAAUAUUUUUCUGUCUUUUAGUAGAGAUAUUAUAUGAGAGACUUGCUUUGUUUACCAAAUGAAGUGAAUUUAAUUGGAUUUGCAUUUUAAGCAAUAAAUAAAAGUUAAAAAGAUAUUAUUUUUUAUUUCUCAUAUUAAAGGUUUUAGUUAUGAUACUCUCAAAAUAAUUCCGCAGAAAUCCACAGAUUUUUACCAAAAUUCUCAGCAGAAAUCGAGAAUCGAAAUCGUUUGGUUGAGAUGUAUGGUUGAUGUUAAAAUAAGCCCUCCGCUGAGUUUUCUUUUUCUUUUUCAAGCAUUUCCCAUUUGAUGUUUAGCAAGGAUAUUUUCACAGUAUUAUAUAUAUAUAUAUUUUUUUUUUUCUUCUGGAAAAAGUUCUUUGUUUUUUUUCGGCUAGAAUUAAAGCAGUUUUUAUUUAUUUUAAACAAUUUUAAGGUCAAUAUUAUUAGCCCCCUUAAGCAAUAUCAUUUUUGAUUGUCUACAGAACAAACCACUGUUAUACAAUGACUUGCCUAACUACUCUAACUUGCCUAGUUAGGCCUUUAAAUGUUUUUAGGCUGAAUACUAGUAUCUUGAAGAAUAUCUAGUCAAAUAUUAUGUGCUGUCAUCAUGGCAAAGAUAAAAAAAAUCAGCUAUUAGAAAUGAGCUAUUAAAACUAAUAUGUUUAGAAAUGCAUGUUAAACAGAAAUUGGGGUAAAAAAAAUAUACAGCAGGGUUAAAAAUCUGACUUCAACUAUAUAUUUGAGUGUGUGCUGACAUGAAAGACUGCUGAUGAUGUGCCUAAACCUGACUCACCAGAGCGCUCCCCUUUGCAUCUUGCACAUGCAUCACACCGGUAAACUUACAUCAGUUUAUUGUAAACAUAUGAUCCAUAAUUAUUUCAACAAUUGUCACUAAGAAGGAACACUGAAACAUGAUCUGAUUAAUAACAUGCAGCAGCUUAAUGUGUCUGGAAAAGGAUUCACAGACAUUUAUUUUCAUAAACAGAGCACAUGUAUCAUCUGCAUUUGAUUGGCUGCACGUUUUGAACGUGCACAUGCUCAUUUUGGCAAUUGUCUUUCUGUGUUCUCACAGAGCAGCAUUCCUGGGAAAUUGCCACUUGUGUUUCCGGAAAAUUGCUGAAAAGUAUUUUCGAAAAGGGCCUGUUCACACGUCACAUGUUGCUGAAAAAAUGCUGAUAAUUUUUCAAAAAAAGUCUGUAUGUGUGAAGCGAGGAAAUGACUAUCAAAGUGUUUCUGCAGACUAUUUUUAUGAAGUGUUAUUAUUAGACAAUAGCAUGAAUUAUUUUUAACCAUUAGAAGCUGGUUAUAUUCACACAUUGAGUUUGCAUACUGUAUAAAACUGUAUUCAAAUAUAAAUAUAACCCUAUACAACCCUAUAAAGGAGAUUUUUGCAUAAUCCCCUUUAAAAUAAGAGUGAAGGUCAAGUUCUUAAGGCAUUGUGCUUGUAUGUUUUUCUUUCAGUUAUGAGAUCCAAAAUAAAAGUGAGUCAAGUCAA